ACCAACCCGAUAUUAUAACUCUCAACUUUGCUAGCUGAAAGUACAACAACAAUACGUCGGGAAUAUGAAUACCCAGCUACUAUGUGCCAGUCCAACUAAGUGCUUCACGUUGUCUCGCUGGUCAGUCACCAAGCAGAGCUAGAAAGACCACCCCACCCUCUUGCACGCGGCCUCAUGACGGAGUACCAUCAGCGGACGUGCCUGGGACCCGACGCGGCCAGCCCGAUGUCGUGGGGCAGCGCUGACGAAGGCGCUGACGAAGACGAACUGCGGGAGGCGUGCGGUGUCUUCGGCUGCGUGGUGGCCAGGAACACGCCGGAAGGAAGUGUCAAUGUAGCACAGGUCGUAUACUUAGGCCUGGUGGCUCUGCAGCACAGGGGCCAGGAAAGCGCCGGCAUCGUCACCAGCGAGGGCGUUGGGUGCAAGCAGUUCCACUACCACAAGGGAGAGGGCCUCGUUGCCUCCACCUUCAAGGACGAGAGUCUGCAGAAACUCAAGGCAAAUCCGGUGCCAGAUAUCAAUUUGUCAGAAAAUCGAAUCAAAAGGUUUUUAUACACUUUAUUAAAAAUCUAUCUUUUCCCAAAUAUCUGUUUAAAUGGCCAGAAGGAAAACUGGUUUGUGGAAUGCUGUUGCUCUCGUUCGCCAUGUCGGUCACUUGUGCUCGUGGAAGCAGUCCUAACGCGUCCAGGGAACAAUAUUCUUAAGGUCCAUGGGUACAACUGGGGAAGAAAAAUUGCAAGUGCAGUCUUUGCGAAGAUCCCUCAUUCUUACCACCAGGUCCUCGAGCGGGGCGUGGGGCUCUCGACGAGAUCCGACUCCGAACUGAUCACGCAGAUGCUGUCCCUCACGCCACCUCGCGGGGAGAAGGACGGACCCGAUUGGGGGGCUCGGAUAAGGCACCUCAUGGAAGCCACGCCCACGGCCUAUUCUCUCGCCCUCAUGCACGAGGAUAAGGUGUACGGGGUGAGGGACCCCUUUGGUAACAGGCCGCUGUGCAUUGGGCGCCUCGUCUGCCUCUCUGAUAAGAAAGACAUGGACCAAUCAGAAUCAGACUUAGGAUGGGUUCUCAGCUCCGAGUCCUGUGCAUUCCAGUCAGUCGGCGCCACGCUGAUACGGGAAGUAUUUCCCGGGGAGAUAAUAGAGCUGAGUCCCGAUGGCAUUCGAUCUCUGGACAUCGUGCCGCGUCCGAAACCUGCGAAGCCGAUCAAGGUGGGAUACGACCAGACACUUAUUCCUCACAUGCUUCAGAUUCCUCCGCCGGCCUUCUGCAUCUUCGAGUAUGUCUACUUCUCGCGAGCCGAUACCUUUUAUGAGGGUGAGACUUUUUCUGAAAGGGUUGGCCUGUAUGGUUUGCUUAUAAAAAGAAAACUUUGUUCAGUCUCCAGAUUUGCUUCUAAUAAAACGUUUGUUCAGUCUCCAGGUUUGCUUAUAAAAGUUUGUUCAGUCUCCAGGUUUGCAUAUAAAAAAACGUUUGUUCAAUCUCCAGGUUUGCAUAAAAAAAAACGUUUGUUCAAUCUCCAGGUUCACAUCCGCAUCGCUUCGCCGCCCAUACAACACCCCUGUUACAUGGGCAUCAACAUCCCCACAAAGGGAGAACUCAUCGCCAAUACGAAAGAUCCUGAAGAACUAGCUGGUUUUAUAGGUGCCGAUAGUCUGGCAUACCUAAGCAUAGAGGGCCUCGUGAAAGCAGUGAGCACAGGUGCCCCUAAAGACAAGGACAUGUCCGGAUACUGUACUGCUUGUCUAGAUGGAAACUACCCUGUGCACCUGGAGUGGUGAUUCCCUGCUCCUUUUAUGUAUUAGGUUCCUUUUCUUCUCUCGCUCUUUUUCAGAGAUUAAUCUCUAUU